AUGUGGACUGGACGCGGCAUCGAGCAAGCUAUCGCCCGCAAGAGACAGGGACGCCGCAGAGGCCACAACACCGCCAUGGAAGUCGACAACACCACCAUGGGCGUCGAGAUCAUUACUCCGGGAGUCAAAAACCUCGCCAUCACCGACGCCCAGCGCCGCUGCACGCUCCUCACCAUCCCCUACGAGAUCCGUCGCAAGAUCUACAUCGAAGUCGUCACGGGCUCCGAAGUCAACUGCGCCCCCUACAACCGUGCGGUCACCCGCCUCAUCGGACGCCAGCGUCGCGGCCGCGGCGCCGCCCCUCUAGCCUUCACAGCCACCGAAGAGCACAGCGUCUUCCUCCUGACCUGUCGCCAGAUCUACGAGGAAGCCCGCUCCAUCUACUGGGCCCACUCCCUCGUCGACGCUGGCAAGCAGCACUUCCGGGCGGUGGAAAAAUUAUUCAGUUCUUUCGCUAAGCAGAACGCCGAGCAUAUCCAGGGCGUCGUCGGCAACGUCAGAUUCUCCCUGCAGCCUGCUGGUUUCCUCCUGUCCUUCCCGCGCGCCAAGACGGUUCGACUUUCUAACCCCCUUGUCACUCACUUUGCAAAUGAGACUUUUGCCAGUGUCGUCAAAGAUGAGGAGUCUAUUGUUGCGCAUAUCGAGAACAGAAUGGAGUUCAAGGGCUUGGACAAGUUGAUUGCGGAUGUCCGGUUCAGCGAGGGUGUUCAGUUCUUGGUUGCUGCUGUCUUGAUUGGUCACCCUGUCAAGAGCGACGGUACUCUGGGUGAGGAUAGACACCACAAGUACAAGCACUGUUUCUACAACAUGACCACUGGCAAGCUCUUCGUCAUCGACUUUGAGAGCAUCCGCGGCCCCAUCUCCAUUCGCGAGACCGACGAGGACGACAUCAAUCUCGGCAACUUCGAGCAUGUCUUGGAGGAUCGCUACCUUCGCGGCAAUGAGUGA